AUGCGUUCAAUGUUUUUUGUCGUCGCGUCGCUAGUGUCACUAGCGAUCUGCGCUUCCGCGCCUUUAGACUCGGACGUGAUUCAACAAAUUCCACAAAAACUAGAAGCAACACCAUCAGCUACAGGAAAAGAUGUUGCGAAAUCUGGUGCUGCGGAAAAAGGUUUGGAUGCAUCUGAGCCCAAGACUCCGGAACCAAGAGUUCGUCGUGAUUUAGGUGGUCAGGAAAGUGACUUACUCCCAUCAAAUAAAGAUGUGGAUGACUCUCCCUUCAGUGAAAACUUACAACUGGACGGUCACAAUAGGAUUAGAGUCUUGCCCGCUUUUAUGGGUUGA